AUGGAGCCCGGUAGUGGAAAGCCGAGCUUCCUGCGGAAUAUCCUUGUGCGCCUCUUCCUCUUCUGCGUGCUGAUAAUCGCCCUCAGAUUCGCGUACGUUGUCACAAUUCGGGGGGAAUCGUGCGACGUCGGCGAUUUCUGCUUCUUCGCCGCCCUGCCUGACAACGUCGUCCCCGGCGUGGGUCAGCUGGCGAAACCCUCCUCGGCGGUGGCCGUAUCCUCGUCCGACAACUCCGCCCCGGCCGCGCCGAAGAAGAUCCCCGAUCUGUGGACGACAAAGAAAUUUCAGAAAUCCGUUCAGUUCUACUCGUCUGUGUUUCAGGAUCUGAUAUCCGACGCUGUUCUGAGCCCGAGCUUCAAGACCCUGUGCGUGGACACAGAGACCGGAGCCGAUGUGUUCGCCCUGAGGGAGAUCGGCGUGGAGGACUCCAUCGGCAUCUCCAAGAAGGGUUUUAAGCCUCUGGUUUUACCGGGGCAGGGCUUCAAGCAGCCGUUUAGCAGUAACUCGUUCGAUUUCAUGUUCUGUGGAGUUGGAGUGGUGGAGAACUCGGCAAGGCCGGUUGGUUUCGUGGCUGAGGUUGAGAGGACACUAAAGCCCGAAGGGUUUCUGGUCGUUCAUACUAUCUCUAACGACACAUAUAGUUUCGAAUCGUUACUCGGUUUCUUCAAUUUCUGUAGAUUGGUACAAAGUAGGUAUAUUGAUGGAUUGAAUUCCGAAAAGCCGUUCGUUCGGGAAGUUGUCCUGCAAAAGUUCACUGGGGAAGACGAUAUAAAACAAGUUACUGAAAAUUCUAGUAGUAACUCUGCUAAUAAAUGCAAUGUUCCGAGUUAUAAACAGGAGCUGAUAAAGAAAUCGGAGCCUUUGAUCGAGGAAGAGCCGAAAAAGCCUUGGAUCACACUUAAGAAGAAUGCUCAGAAGAUAAAGUACUUGCCUUCAAUGGUUGACAUUAGUUUUAAGUCUCGAUACAUUUACGUCGAUGUGGGAGCACGAAGCUACGGCUCGAGUAUUGUGAGUUGGUUCAAAAAACGAUACCCUAAACAGAACAAGACUUUCGAGAUAUUUGCAAUUGAGGCUGAUAAAACCUUCUACCCGGACUAUAAGAACAAAAAGGGAGUUACUUUAUUACCCUAUGCUGCUUGGGUAAAAAACGAGUCUUUGUUUUUUGAGAUAAAUGAGGACCCGGGCCACAAGGAAGUUGAAAAAGGCAGAGGAAUGGGUCGUAUUCAGCCUGUUCAAACCUCUGGUGGCUCGAAAUCCUCAGAUAAUAUUGAUGAGAUUCAAGGCUUUGACUUUGCUGGCUGGCUGAAAAAUACAUUUUCCGAGAGGGACUAUGUGGUGAUGAAGAUGGAUGUGGAAGGGACUGAAUUUGAUUUGAUUCCAAGGUUAUUUGAAACUGGCGCUAUCUGUUUGAUUGAUGAGGUUUUUCUUGAAUGUCAUUAUAACAGGUGGCAAAAAUGCUGUCCGGGAGAGAGAUCGAACAAGUACCAGAAAACAUAUGGGCAGUGUCUCGAUUUGUUCGAGUCUUUAAGGAAGAGUGGAGUUCUUGUUCAUCAGUGGUGGUGA